AUGCAGCCGUCUACCUUGAACUCCUGCCAUGGAGUCUCUUCGUCAGCGCACAUCACCACAUGGGCAGCUCUGCAUGACCCGGCGGGUGCAACGGACGAGGAGAUAGUAGAGUGCGUGCUGCGGAUAUGGCGUGAUGUGUCAGCUGCGGCUGCACCCCGUCACGCUCCUUCUCACCCUGCCAUGAUGCAUUUAGCUGCCUUGCGCAUCUUUGGCCAUGAUUCCCUGCAGAGCUCAGCGACGUUGAGGCGUCGCUAUCGGCAACUUGCCAUUCGCGUGCAUCCGGACAAGAACACGAGCUCCCAGGCAUCUGAGGCGUUUCAGCUACUGCAGAGCUGCUUCGAGUACCUCGUCAGCAGCCGCGAAGCCGAGGGCAGUGGUGGCGUUAACGUUGCAGAGCAGGCGGCGUUCCAGAGCACAGCCGAUCCGUCAACGUCGACGAAGAGAGAUGCGUUCAGGAGAGGUAACGCGGUCAACGGUGAAGAUGCCGAGUCGUAUGUUUCCUCCUCGACAUCGUUCUCCUCCACGUCUUCUGCUUCGUCAUCCCCGCUGUCACCGCCCCUGUCGCCUGUCUUCAGCACGGGCAGCAGGAGCAGCUUAGGGCGGUCUUCGUUGACUCACCCACGUACCGCUGCCGCCGCCUCAGCUGGGAGGGCGUCACCGCCACGGCCACCACCACCCCCCUCACGUCGUCCAGCAUCGGCUGCAGUGUCGACGAGUAAAGGGGUGCUCCCCUCCGCACCAGUGCCCGAGCCACCCGACGUAUUCGCCACCAGCGCAGGGGCACCGGCAGCCGCGGUGGUUCCAGCGCCGAAUGUCUUCGAUGACAGCAGCAGUAACCCUGCCGUGCCCCCUCCCCCCGUCUUCGACGCGCACCCGGCCUUCAAAGGCGGCUCAACGGGAGCUGCGCCGCCCCGCAUUAGACGCCGUGCAUCGACCGGCGGCUGCACUUCGUUUGCCGGCGCGGCAAGCGACUUUGGCCCAGCACCACCGCUCGUGUUUGAGCAAGCAUCCUCUGCGCCAAACGAUACUAGUGCCGGCGGCGUGAUUGCCAGGCGAACAGGGGUGGCAACGCAGCAUUCCUCGAAACAGCAGCGGAGUACGCGACAGCCCGAACUGCCGACUUUGGCUGAGCUCUUGGCUCGGUUGGACGCCGAUGACGAUGAGGACGAGGGCGGCUCAGAGAACAUUGCGGAAUGGACCCGAGGCCUAUCCUCUCGAGACGGCUCAAAUGGCUCUGCAGCGCGGGGGUAUCGCACCCAUGAGACCGCCGCGGCAAAAUUUUCGGGCCCCCCGACAAGACUGUGGUCAUCCACGGCGCAUUCAGGUGCUUCCCAGUCUCGAAGUAACAUAAGCGACAGGGCUGACUUCGAAAGCAGCGGCGCCCCUGUGACUCACCGCGCAGCGAUGAAGACGGACCCAGUCCAGCUGGACAUGUCGUGUGCGACGCCGGUGUCUAGUGCAGCAUCAUCGACUCCAUCCACACUCGAAGCCUUUUGCAAUGCGCUGCAGGAAGAGGUGCGAGAUCCGAAAUACUGUCACACCCCUUCUGCUUCUCUUUCUCACAUGUACUCUCUCCCGUUGGCUGGAUCAUCUGUGCGCAGUCGACGCGCCGGUGGCGGCGGGGUGGGAGGGAGCAGCGGGAGCGCGACUCGAGGCUGGGGCAGCGGCGGCCCCGCAGGAGAGCGGUGUGCGUGCGGCAAGGCCCCUCGUGGUCGCUGCUUUCUCUGUGAAGAGUAA